UCGCGUCAGUGUUUCCAACGUAUACGGACUACUUCAUUCAGACUCAGUAUGCAGUUCAAGUUUGUCGUGAACGGACGUUGAGUCAGGUGUUCCUGUGGAGGAAGUACGUCGGCAACUCUGCAUCAUCCAGUCGAAACGCACAUGCAGCUGUCCUGUUGUUCGACCUGUGAUGGCUGAGAACCACGUGUUCCCGAAAAUAUUUAGGAGUUACACUGAUUGCUAACAGCGACUAUGAACUUUUACAUUUGAAACUCGUGAUUUGCUUCGAGUUGCUACAUUGCUUAAUAACUAAACGGUUGGAGGACUCCCACCUUGUCCAACUCCCGGGAUUGCAGCCGAAGUGUAAACAUCGAAACGAGUUGCUGAAGAAAGAAGAGAGAAGAAUUAGUACCAAUUCCAAGUUUCCUACAACCAUUCUGGGUAUCAGUUUUAAAGAAGGAUUUACGCAUUACCUAAUAAAGGGGAAGAUCAAUCAUGACUACAUAUGCUCGAAGGUGGGCGUUGGAUUCUCAGUUGCUGGUGGCCAUUCAGAAUAAUGACGUUUCUAGAGCCCAUCAGCUCUUUCAGGCCGGUGUUGAUACUGAUACCAGGUUUUCCAUCAAUUCUCAGAAGAGGCCUGCGUUAUGCAUAUGUGUGGGAGGGAAAAACAAAUGCUUUACCAUGGUUAAACUGUUAGUUGAGAGAGGAGUCAGCAUUAAUCAGGGAGACUCAGAUGGGGUGACCCCAUUACACAUUGCCUGCAGUCAUAGUUAUCCAGAUUUAGCUGCUCUUCUGUUGAGGGCACGAGCUAAUGUCAAUGCACGUACCAACCAAGGACACACACCCCUUCACUUGGCAGCUAUGAGAGGCAAUUCUGAUUUGGUAGAACUUCUGCUGUCUUAUAGAGCAAAUGUUGAUGUUGCUGAUGCUGAUGGAUGCACGGCCCUUCAUCAUGCAGCAGGCUCAAAUAACCCUGACGUCGUGACAAUUCUUGCUGCUGCUUCUGCGGAUCUAACUGUCAUUGACAGUAGAGGAAAUUCUCCUUUGCAUUAUGCUGCAAUUGGAAGUGGCAUAACACCUGAUGUGAUACGAAUAAUAACCGAGGCUGAUACAUCUGCAGUUGGGUUAGCCAACAGGAACAUGGAAACCCCUCUUCACAUCGUAAUACGAAGUGCAAGACAUGAUGCUGAAAGAGUUCUUGAAGUAAUGUUAGAGUCUGCAACAAAAGAAGCAUUAAAUUCUCAGGGGCCAUUAGGACAUACUCCAUUACACCUUGCGGUUCUUGAACAUCGCAUCAGUCUUCUCCGCGUCCUUCUAACUGCUGGUGCUGACACUGAAACAGAAGAUGACCUUGGGCACACUCCUUUGGUCUCUGCUGCCAGAGAUGGAAUUUGGGGUGCUAUUGCUCUGUUGUUAGCUGCUGGGGCUCGUACCCGCCGGUUAAUUCAGGGAGGUGAUAUAGAAAGUGAAAUACAGGAUUUAGGUAUCAGAGCACUUCUUCAGGAAGGCACACGCCAGCCACCUCGACUAUCGAGUGUCUGCCGUAGAGCUUUAACUGGCUACUUAGGCCCAAACUCUUUCAAAGCCUUGUCUAAGGCAGCCUUACCUCCAGUAUGGCAUGAAUUUCUAACCUUUCAGACUGUGAAUCUAUGAUUUUUAAGUCUCACUGCUACUUAGUCUAUAGUCACAAAUGUGUGUACAGUUCUAGAAAAUAGGAACUUGAGAAAUUUUAGAAUGAUCUGUUAUUUUGUGUGGAAGUUGCAUUAAGAUUCUAAGUUUAUUACUUGAAUCAGUAGAUUUAUAAGAUGACAUAUACCAGAUUCAUAUGUUUUAUUUGUUGUGUAAACAGCAUUUGUCUUGAAAAGGUAAUUUUUAUUAUUGUGUUGGUAUGUAUUGUGAAAAUAUUUGUGGCGUUACAUCCAUGAAGAACCUUGGAACAUACUGUUGGUUGUCAGUACUAUUGAACUGGGUGACUUUGACUCUUAAGUUAUUGAGAUUAUUUAUUAUUUAGAGAUAAACCAUUAAUGGGAUUUUGAUCUUGACUGUAUUUUGUGUUAUAACUCUUAUCAAGAGAACCAUCAUAAAAAUGUUAAACUCAUUUUAGAGGCAUUCUUCCUCAUUACAUUUGUAUACAUCCAGUAUGAGUGUGGCUGUUGCAUUUGUAAUCAGUGUAGUUAUUGAUAUUGAUUUUAUUGUUAUUGUUUAAAUUAGACUAAACCAUUUAUCCCACUACUGCAAUGGUUAUUGUCAGUAUAAAGCAAUCACCAAUCAGAAGUGCUGUAAACUAAGUUUUGACUUGAUGUCAUCUCAUGUACUGUACAUAAAGAACCAGUGUUUAAUAUUUGUAAUACAAACCUCACUUUAGAGCACAUCUUUGGUAAUUGUGCCAAUACAUAUUCAAGCUUACUUUUAUUUUAAUGUCUCAUAGUAUAAGCACUGAGCAAUAUGUGAUACAAACCUUGCUAUAGACCCCAUACUGUGUGAGUAUUUUUACUAUUCAAGUUCUCAAAUCUUUUACGUAAAAAUUAAACAUUCAGUUGUAUUAUAUCUUAUCUAAAUCUUUUCUAUGGAUGCCAUUAUUAGGUUGCUGAAAUGUAAAGACUUGAUUAGAAAAUUAUAUUGUAAUAAAUCUCAUCCUUCCAGUCAGACCCAUAAGACAUUGUUUUCAGAACUAUGUUCUGGUGAAAUUAAUCAAUCAUGACAAUCUAGCAUUGUUAUUGUAUUACUGUCAUUAUUGUUGUUACUAUACAGAAUUUAUUGGAAUUGAUGUUAUUAUUACUUUGGUUAAAUUUGUUCAUAUUUGAGGUUACAAUAUAUCCACAUGUUCACAGAGAUUUGGCUGUACAGUCAGCUUGCUAUCUCAGUCAGAUAUAGUUGAGAAAUGAGGCACAAAGUAAAGUAGGGGUAAUUACAGCUGUUAUUGAUAUGCGUGUGCUUAUGAAAAUUGCUUAUCAAUUAUUAAAAUUCAUGUAAUGAAUGAACAUCAAACCAUUUGUGGAGAAUGGAUUAAUUGACACUUAUGCUGGCAGUAGUAUAUGCCUUGUCCAUUUUCCAAAUUCUUGCAACGUUUACCAAUAUGUACAACGUUGAUUCAAUAUUUACAGGAAAUAUUCACUGUAAUUGGGUGAAAUGUCAGCCCCUUAAUUCUGCUCCUAAAUUUAUGGAAUGUUGUCAAGAUGUAGUGGAGUCUAUCAUUCUAAGGUGCUGUGAUUUCAGUGAGCCCCUUUUAAUUUUAGUUGUAUCUUAUUGUGCAAUAAAAGUUUUAAAAAGUUAAUUAUUAACGAUUCAGUAAUUUAUAGGUCUGUUUUAUUUUAAAGUCAGCCACUCCUAUUAAAAUUGAAUCCUGAACUGUGGUCUGACUAAACAUUUUGACAUUAAAUUUAUUAAUCACAUAGUAUUUUCUAUAAGGCUAAAUUAUUUAUUUACAGAAAUUUAAAUAUAGGGCUGUGGAGUUCGAUUAAACCAUGCAAUAACGACUGAUAAUCCUGUUCAUUACUUUAUUUAGAAGUAUGUUGACAUUUUAAAAAGGAGCUGUAACCAAGAUAAAUUUGAAUAUUUCUGUUACUUGUGUUAUAAUGUGAUUUGUAAAUUGUGGAUAAAUCUACAUUAAUUUAAUGUAGAUAUGUGGCAAAGUUUGUUGACAUUGUUGACAGUCAAGUUUGAAGUUCAUGCCUUUGACUGUAGCUACAUAAGCAGUUACAUUGUCCUUACAGAAUCCAUGUUUAAGAAAGUUUUGUAGAAAUAAUUACUACAUGUGUAAGAGAUUACUUGGGAAUUUUAUAAAUAGACUCUUUAAUUACGUCUAAUGUAAUUCAUGUGUUGGGCAUUCUUGGUUAAUUAACAUAUGCAGAAAUUUAGUUUCAUCUACAUGUGCUUACAGGUAUUAAACAGAAAUUGGUAAAAAUAUUUAAGUCAGGAUUUUAUUUAUUUUUUUUUUUUUUUUUUGUCUGCAGUUAUUGCUAUUGUCAUUGUUGAGAAAUUGCCAGUAUCAGUGAAAAUUAUUUAAACGAUAAGCCAGUCAUCAAUGAGACUGGUUUUCUUAUAACAGUAGCUGUUGUUUUUCAUUAUUCUUUAGAGGGAGAUAAAAAAAUUUAUGGUAAACAUUAAGUCAGCAUUUUACAUUAGUGUUUUCCUUAUUUACAUAUUUUAAGAUUAUUUUUUUGAAUGUUUUUAAUUUUAUCAAGAAAAAUUUAAUAUUCUAUCAAAUUAUAUUUUUGCAGUUCUUAGUAAGUUUUAUGCAAGCAGAAAAAAAGUGACAGUGAUAUAAUCCCAGAGUGAUUUGAGAGGUUCGGAUUGAAUAUUUUAUUGACAAUUUUUGGCAGAAGCUCUCAAAUUGGAGGGAAGUAAGCAUACAGCAGAAUAUAGAAGUAAGUUAUAAUUAUCAUAUUUUGAUGUAAUUGUUGUUGAAUUUUUCAUGAAUCUCACCUUGAGAUUAUUAAAUACUGUAUACUUUAUUUUCUUAUUUAUUGAAUAUAGUACCUAUUAUGCACGAUACCUCAUACUUUGUAUAUCAUUUACAAUUAUUUAUUAAGUUUAAAUUAAUAAAUCACAUUUUG